CCAAAAGGGACAGAAAUCUCAAAUCUCUGAUCAAAUGUUACCGUAGCAAAUGUUGUCCUCUCCCCUUCCCUCACUUUCCUGGUAAGUGGGAUAAAUAAUUUACUCCAAUCCAUAUAAACAAAUUUAUGAACCACAAACCAGACAAGGUAUUAUCCUCAAAAGAUUUUCUUUCACAACCACCAACAAUUUUCAUUUGUCGAGCUCUACAUUAUUAUUUUAUGCCACAGCUCUUUUCUAUAUUAUUCAUCUCUUGAUAUAUCCAACGGCACCAAACCAUUGUGUUAUCUUCGUCCCGAGUCCUUUUCUCUUGUUUUGGUGCAUCAUAGCUCAUAGGAGUUCACUUCAAGAGUUCAGUGUCAGUCUCUACUCUCCAGAAACUCCCUUUUCUUAUCCACCGACUCACUGAGCAAGCUCCUUGUCAGGCAAAGAACAGUGGGACGACAGUCGAGGAGACCUUCAGAGAUGAAGCUUCGAUCUUCUCUCUGUCUCGCUUAUUUCUUCAUCAUAUCCUGGACAGUAGCAAACGAUGACGAGCGAUCGAGCAGCAGCAGCAUCGUUUUCACUACGCUCGGGAGGUCACGCUACGCCUUCGACAUCUUCACCCUCCCGACCUCUUCUCACACACCAAGCCCCGUCGAUGAGCUUCAAAUCACAGACGGCGAGUCAGUCAACUUCAACGGCCACUUCCCUUCUCCCUCUUCUUCCUCAAUUCUCUCUAAUCUCCUCUCCAACCGAACUCUAACCCUCGACCCACACCCUCUGCAAUUUAUCGUCUAUGUCACAGAGCGCCACGGCUCCUCUAACAUUUACCUUGACGCGUAUUAUCAUCAUAGCCCCAUAAGAAGGUCGGCUCUUGAGACCCCAUGUCGAAUUCAGGUUCCGCUGUUAAACCCAGAACAGAGCAACGGUGGAAUUUCCCUGAAAGACCGACCGUCGCUCUCAGGCUAUUAUCUUAUAUACGUAUCGACCCAUGAGGAUUCCAAGGUGCCUAGAAGAAGCUGGGCUGCGGUGUACUCGACCCAUGUCGGAACAGGGGAGACUCGGCGGUUGACGCCUUAUGGUGUGGCCGACUUCAGUCCUGCUAUUUCUCCUUCUGGGAUUUGGAUGGCUGUGGCUUCGUCUGGGGAGAAAGGAUGGAACGGGGAGGUUGAAGAUCUGAAUACCGAUAUCUAUAUUUUCAGGACUCGAGAUGGGUCCAAGAGGAUUAAAGUGGUUGAACAUGGCGGUUGGCCUUGUUGGGUCGAUGACUUUACUCUGUAUUUUCACCGUAGAAGUGACGAUGGGUGGUGGAGUGUCUACAGAGCGAUCCUUCCUCAACAGGCAACAAUUCGUUCUGGGUUAGUGGUAGUAGAACGAGUCACGCCACCGGGUCUUCAUGCCUUCACACCAGCUGCUUCUCCUGGGAACAAGAGCUUCAUCGCUCUGGCCACCAGGAGACCCACUUCCGAUUUCCGCCAUAUCGAACUGUUCGACGUUGUUCGCAAUGAGUUUAAGGAGGUAACUCGGCUUAUUUCGCCACACACGCACCACUUCAACCCGUUUUUAUCCUCCGACUCAACCCAAAUCGGGUACCAUAGAUGCAGAGGCAGCGGUAAUGGAGGAACGAGCAAUCCACUUAUGCUUGAAAAUCUGCAUAGUCCAGCACCAGGUAUCUCUCUGUUCAGGAUAGACGGGUCUUUCCCAUCGUUCUCCCCCGACGGAAACCGAAUCGCCUAUGUUAAUUUUCCGGGAGUUUAUGUGGUGAACCGCGACGGCUCUGGCAAGCGUGAAGUCUUUCCCGGCACUGCCUUCUCCACAGCUUGGGACUGGAAGCGGAAAGGCGUUAUCUACACCAGUGCUGGUCCGGAAUUCGCCGAAGAGAGCACCGAAGUAGACGUAAUCUCCAUCACCAUCGACGGCGAUGAAACGGGCACAUACAAAAAGCUGACGUUAGGAGGGGAAAACAAUGCUUUUCCGUCACCUUCUCCGGACGGGAAGUGGAUUGUCUUCAGGUCCGGCCGGUCGGGUCACAAGAACCUCUACGUGAUGGACGCACUAGAAGGAGAAAAAGGGGGACUCCGCAGGCUUACGGAAGGCCCGUGGACGGACACGAUGUGCAGCUGGUCUCCCGACGGCGAGUGGAUAGCGUUUGCAUCGGACCGGGACAACCCAGGUGGAGGAGGCUUCGCCCUCUACUUAAUACAUCCGAACGGGACCGGGCUUAUGAAGGUGGUUCACAGCGGCGAAGGCGGCCGGACCAACCAUCCAUCUUUCAGCCCCGACGGGAGGAGCAUUGUGUUCACGUCGGACUAUGUUGGGGUGUCUGCAGAGCCUAUAUCAAACCCGCAUCACUAUCAACCAUACGGUGAAAUCUUCAUAGCUAGAUCGGACGGUUCUGGCAUUAAGAGAUUGACGCAUAAUUCAUACGAAGAUGGGACACCCGCUUGGGGCCCCACUUUCAUGAGGCCCGCUGAUGUUGUGGAGUCACCAUUCGGGGAGCCUGGAUGCUCGUUUGAUGAUUGUCAUUGGCUCAACCUGAAGGAUGGCAAUAAGGUCGGGGAGUUGAGCUCUCACCUGCGUUGCCUCUCACACUCGGUCUCAGCCGGCUCCAAGUGUGGUCAAGUGUUGAGAAGCAACAACAAUCAUAGCUUUCAUGUUAAGAAUGUAUAGCUAAGUAUACUGUUUCAAGAGCUGCUCUCUAGUCUCAGAAGAACCCUAGCAAGAGAUAUGCAACAGAUAUCUAAUGUGUAUAAUUAUGUCACCAAGUGAGAGAUCUGUGGGUCUGAAUGUGUGGAUAUGUCUUCAAGCAGAUGUUGGUUUGUUACUUACUGUUUGAUCACAUUAUCAAAUACUGUAUCGAGAUCAGGAAUCUUAUUGAAGAAUUUACUACUUUGGCAUAUAAUAAAACUGAAGCUAUAAUUUAA